AUGGCGGAAAAUUUGAGGGUGAUAGCUCUACCAUAUGGUUGUAACUUUUACGACAAAGUAUUGGCCGAUCUGCGAACCUUUGAUUCCUGGGAUGACUCUGAAAGUCUUAUUCAGAGCGUUCAACCUGCUCCCUCCAACCUAAAAUAUUCGAUCUGCGGCUACCCCGGAGCCGUGGGCCUUAAAGUAGCAACUACUUCGCUUGUGGACCUAUUCAGCCCGUGGGAUCCUGCCGAUAUUCGGUUUUUUGCAGGAGUCAGAAACCCGUCUACGGUAGCCGCCCUAAGUUAUAGGACCCCUCGGAUGUGUCUUUCCCAACAAUUACGUAUACUAUCGAUUGCGUCUGUAAUUCGAGGACCAGGGGGCGGGCAAAAUUCUGAAGGGCAAAAGGCGUUCAGGGCGGCAAUUAUCGCCCGCUAUGCUCUUGGACACCUUAAUAAUUCUCACGCGGUUAGAAACAAGGAUAGGCGAUAUCGAUGCCAAAUCACAAAUAUCUACUUCCGUCCUGAUAGGCUAAAGGCCUCCCAUAUUUGUCCUUAUUCUGAGGACAGAAUAGCGAGUUUGGUUGGCCUCUCUAGCACCAUGGCUAAAAGCAACGGCUUGCUUUUACAUGCGUCCGUCAAAAAGAACUUCGACAACUUUCGGAUUACUAUCAUCCCACAAAAUGAAGAUGGGAAUAUAGUUUUUACUCUAAGGGUUCUUAACUCAAGGCUCUUGACAUCUAGGGGUUUUCCGGCGGAUACGGUUAUAGACUCGAACGAGGAGGAGUUGCCCCCAAUCCGAUGGGGUGACCUUGAUGGGAAGAAAAUUACAUUCUCGACCGAAAGUGAUACUACACCAUACAUCCCUUCCCUGCGUUGGCAUGCCUGGGUUGCCAAGGACCUCAUCGGGUCCCAGUUCGCGGAAGAUAUUCAUCUAUCAUUUUAA